AAGAUGAAAGCUACCACUACAGACUGCAUAUUUGAUAUGUCAAUCAAGUCGACAUACUCCAAGUUUAUUCAAAACCCAAGCAUUGUUGAGAAGAAGGAUGAGCUAAUCAAAACCAUCAAUGGUGAACGGUUAUCAUUUAAUACUGCAUGGAGAGAAGUUGAAUCUGUGUUGAUGCCCAUUAUGCCCACAAAUCAUGCUCAUUGGAUGUUAGGGCAGCUUGAUAUUACUAACCAUGUUCUUUACAUAUAUAAUUCAAGCAACAAAUCAUACAAGGACAACAAGGUUCGCGAAGGGGUUUUAUCGCUUGUGAAGACUCUUACACACCUUUUAAAAUUUGUCGGGCUAUGGAAGGAAACUAGUGAUAGUAUUGGUGACAAAUCUGGGGAACUGCAUGUUAAUAUUGUCCGUGGUUUACCCCAACAACAAAAUGGGCAUGAUUGUGGGGUUUUUGUGAUAAAGUAUGCACAGUAUUUGUUGCACAAUGAUCUUGGCAAUAUGCCGAUGUCAUUUGAUGCUGGGAAUGCCAGACUUGAAAUUGCAGCGUUGCUGUUCAAAAACAAGCAAUUGAAGCAGAUUGGAAAGGGAAGUUCAAAGUCAGAUGAAUGAACUCCUGUUGAUGGCAUUAUUUUCAUGAUGGAUUAGAUUGAUAGCUGUUCAA